AUGACUCUGUCGUGGUUGAAAACUGAGUAUAUGAGUUCACGCUAUGGAGAAGCGAAGAAGCCUGUUUCCGAUAUUCUGGUGUACUCGUUUUUUCGAGGAUGGGGUCUUCGGACGGGGACUGUAGCUGUGAUUUCUCGAAAAUCGAUGAAAAGAAUGUUGAUCAAGGCUAGUUGUCUGUGGGGAGGAAGGUCAAAUCGUGAAACGUGGUGUUUUCAAAAUAUUUGUCUUGAAAGCAAAAUUAUCAUUUGCUUAGGGGUUCAGGAGAGCACCGGGCAUUGGAAAGUAUUCGGGGUGACUGGUGAGAGGUGGUCUAGGAAACGAAAAGUUCACCUGUUUACUGUUAAACGGGAAUCCGCAAUACCGUUCGAAAAGGCGCAAAGAUCUGUACCUAUGGCAGAAGUUUCAGAUUUUGAUUUUGUUGUGGGGACAGCAGAUGAAGAGUAUGCUGCGAGAACCAAGGAGGAACCGGGCGAAAUCUUGAGUUUGGAGGAGGAACAAGCCUUGCGACUGACUUUAAUAGAAGCAACUCAAAAAAAGAAGAAAGGAUCAACUAGUAACCAGAUCUCUAAUUUAGUGAAGCCUUGUUGUAGCCAUGAAGUUGUUACUCAAGAGGGUUUUUCUGGUUUGUUUGCAGAUGAAAACUUAAUGCCGCUUAAAGUAACAGUUGUAAAUGACGCAUACGAAGGUGCUCAAGGUUAUGUGGCUAAAAAUCCAGGAAGCAGAGAAGCAUUUGGGGCAGAUUUCUUGGAGAAUAUAUCAGGUUCCAAAUCGUCAUGUGCUGGUCCUUCUACGUCAAACGAUUUAUCUAGGACAAACGACAUUGAUGCAGCACUCCAUGACAUUCGUUUAAAAAUCGAGUCGAAGCAUUUUGGUGAGAGUAGUUCUAGUUCAUGUCGCAUUGAUUACGAUAAUUACGACCAAAUAGGUAUGGAAAUCGCCGAUAGUGAUAAAGAAUCUCACUCGAGGCCUCAGUCAUCUGAUCCGUUCCCAUUCACUGUUGGGUCAAAAGACCAAACAGUUCUGAGCGACAAGUCCUCUACGUUUGAAAAUUAUGAUGAAGCUGAAGCUCUACGUGCUGCAUUAUUAGCUCAGGUGAAGAAACAUAGGAAUGCAGUUAUUGAAAAGAGCCACUUGGAAGAAGGUGAAAUUGUAGGAGACUUUUCUGAUAAUACAGCAGAGGGUGCUGAAGUAAAUGUGGUGACUUCAAAUGUCAAAAAUUCCAGUGAACCUUUGAUGGGCUUGGAGACAAAGUACGUUUUUGAUCAAGACUCGCGGGCACAUGGUAGGAGUUGUUACGAUUGCUAUCUGUGUCUUGAGAGGAUUUGUGUUUGGCAUGGUCUCUGUCGCACUGGUAGUCCUGCGACAAAUGAACAAGAGAAGAGUAGAAUUAAAGCGUUGGAAAGGCAGCAGGGGAAGUAUCGAAGUCAAAAAGCGGGUUCUCCAGAUUUGAAAAGCAGUAGAAGAAAGCGCCGGUAUGGACGACAUUCUUUGUCGAGCGAUGAUGUAAAAGAAGGAGAAUCUGCAGAUGCAGUUGAAUCAACGAAGAAACGACGGUUGGAUCGUCGAAAGAGGAGGUUCAAUGGAAGCCGCGGAGGAGAGGAAAAUGUGGAUACUGAUUCAUGUCCAAAGACAUUGGAGGAGUGGGAUAAUUUGAUUGAGAAGGAAUUAAGAGGGAAGAAGAGUGCCGAAAGGAAGGUUCAAAAGACGGAGUGCCGGCGGGAUGAGAAUGUACGACGUCGGGAUCAGUACCUGGAAAAAGCGGAAAUUCUCUCUCACAGUAUUGGUGUCCUUGACGGGGAAAUAAUGAAGUAUAAGAGCAGUUUAGAGCGGAUUAGAGGCCGAGUAACAGCUUUUCAGAAGGAGAGAGAUCGGUUAGAGAGGAAGCUUCGUGUGGAAAAGCUCGCAGUAAAGGAGAAGAAAAGGGAAGAAGUAACAAGGAGUUUGAUUGGUGGUAGUAGCUCAGUGUAUGAAGAUAUGAACGAGGAUUUGAACUUUGCAUGUUCAAAAAACAGUACUUUGGAAGAGGCUAGAAAGAAACUGCUGUUCUCUGGAAAUCAGGAUCGAGGUUCCAUGCUUACAAGAACGAAAGCUUAUCAGUACGGAGGAAUAUUUAAUGAUGAUAGUGGUGAUAUAGGGACAGUAACAGCAGAGAAGUCUAGGGAACUUGAACAGUAUUCUUCGUCUUCAGGAACUUCAUCUGUUUCUGAAGAAAAUGUGGAAGAGACCAUUAUUCAAUUAUCAGAUUCCGAGAAGGAUGUGCAUGAGAUGACUCCGCCGGAUAUAGUCAUAUCAAAAGUAAUACCAACUCCGUCUUCUCAAUUGGAAAACAAAGAAAAUAUUGUUGGUUUUGAGAGGAUGACUGUGGAUAACAUUUCCAGAAAAACCUUCCGUUUUUCGCAAGGACGUUUACCACUUUCUAGAGAAAGUGUCAGAGAACUUAAGGAUAACCCACUACUCAUGUUCAGCGGAUAUCGUUUGUUCGUCUUCUCAUGCCGUCAGUAUUUUACUUCGAUAUGUUGUUCUACUGUGUUUAGGCUUUGUCGGUCAUUCCCACUCCCUUUAAUAACGCAUCCAGCAGUGUCAAAUAAGCUGGAUCCUUUGCGACCUCUCUGUUAUUACCAACUGUGUGGUAAAUGCGUGGACGGGACUUGUCAGUGGCAGCACGAGUCAGAUUAUGUAAUGAACGACGAGGAGGUUGUAUGUAGCGUGUUAGCACACUGCCCUUCCUUAUGCCCACCAGACAAAAUGUUCUCUGAUUAUGCACGUGAGGUUUUGAUGCAGCAUUCUCCUUGCCCAGUUAGCGAGGUUGUUGAAGAACUUCUUAGUCGUUUGCCAGAGACAGAUCGUACGAUCAGUGCUUGUGAGAUGGCUGCAAAAUGUGACAUUCCUAGGGAAGAAAACGACGAAGACUGUUUGGUGGACUACGAAGUCUUACCUUGCUUUGCAAGCCUAAUACUUGAGAAGGAGCGAUUGUGA